CAGGGAUGUUGAAAUGCCAGAACGCAGAGGCAGUGACAAAAUGCUGCAUGAAUUGAGCUUUCAGUUCUGCGGUGUUGAGCAGUUGACCGUGAGCGCCGGGAGAACCCACACACGGAACAGCCCACCGAGCUGACAGCGCGUGCUGGCAUGUCAGGGAGGUUCUUGAAAAGCAGAUUCGCCGUUGCUGAGAGAGGAGGACCAUUCGGAUGGAAAGAAACUGAGCUCCAAAAACCAACCUGUCGAGCGAUGUCCCACGUCCCAGACGAAAGAAUGAGGUUCGGGAUUGAUUUGUGGACUGUUUGCAGAGCAAGACAGUGACGUAAAUCCAAUGAUUUCGGUAAGAACCACGUUUCAAACGAGGAAUAAAACAUUCCGACGGAAAGAUGUGUUUUUACAUUCCACAAGUUUAGAUGAACGUUUAGGUGAUCACAAAGACACUUGUUGCAGAAUUUACAAGGACUGGACUGGUAUAUCGUCGGCUUCCGAACAUAAACGCUAUCUAGAGUAGGAGAAUAGUCUAUUGAGAACAAUGCGAACCCACUUCUGUUAUCCCGGAACAUGUGCAGCGCGCCACUGCACUCACGCUGUGUCCAUUAUGACAACCAGCAACUUUGUUGCAAUGUGCAAUGUAGCAAACAAUUAUGCUUUUAUUUUUAAUUUUUUCGAGAGUGAUGCAGUGAUUGGAAUGUUUUGGUUUUGAUGCAGCGUAAACGGAGGGGUUGAAAAUGUUUCUCUUCAGUGUCCUGGCAAGUUUAUUCGCGUUUACUUCACCAACAUGUGGCUAUCAGAUGUCAUGGGAAAAUUGGAAUAGCAAUUUGCAAAACCGAGUGAAUGAACUUGACAGUCCAACUACUCAACCUCACAUCAUUUUCAUCCUGGUUGAUGACCAAGGCUUCCGGGACGUGGGCUACCAUGGGUCCGAGAUCAAAACCCCAACUCUGGACAGGCUGGCAGCGCAGGGAGUGAAACUGGAGAAUUACUACGUGCAGCCUCUCUGUAGCCCCUCCAGGAGUCAAUUGAUGACUGGCAGGUACCAGAUCCACACGGGCCUCCAGCACUCGGUCAUCAGGCCCACCCAGGCCAACUGCCUGCCCCUGGAGAAUGUCACACUACCCCAAAAGCUCCGGCAGGCAGGCUACGCCACCCAUAUGGUGGGCAAGUGGCACCUGGGCUUCUACAAGCGUGGCUGCAUGCCCACUCAGCGUGGCUUCGACACAUUCUUUGGGUCCCUUUUGGGUAGUGGUGACUACUACAGCCACUAUAAAUGUGACGGUCCCGGCAUGUGUGGCUAUGACCUGUACGAAGGGGAGGAGGCAGCCUGGGAACAGGAUCGGGGCCGAUACUCAACCUUGAUGUUCACCCAAAAAGCUGUGGACAUCCUGGCACACCACAACCCCCAGAAACCCUUAUUCCUCUACUUGGCCUUUCAGGCAGUCCAUUCCCCGCUACAGGUGCCCGCUCGCUACUUGGAGCGCUACAAGUCCAUCCCUAACUUACAUCGUCGCAAGUAUGCCGCCAUGGUGUCCUGCCUGGACGAGGCCGUCCACAACCUCACGCUGGCACUGAAGCGUUACGGUUUCUACGACAAUACAGUGAUAGUGUACUCGUCAGACAACGGGGGUCAGCCCAUGGCCGGGGGCAACAACUGGCCUCUCAGGGGGAGCAAGGCCACCUACUGGGAGGGGGGAAUCCGGGCCGUAGGCUUCGUUCACAGUCCCCUGCUGCUGAACAAGGGGACCCGAUGCCGGGCAUUGAUCCACAUCACAGACUGGUUCCCCACCCUGGUGUCCCUGGGGGAGGGGACCCUGGACGAAGAUCUCAACCUGGAUGGCUACGACGUGUGGGAGGCCAUCAGCGAGGGACGCCAGUCCCCCCGCCACGACAUUCUGCACAACAUCGACCCCAUCUACACCAAGGCAAAAAACGGCUCAUGGAAGGCUGGCUAUGGCCUCUGGAAUACGGCCAUCCGAGCCGCCCUCCGGGUGGGCCACUGGAAGCUUCUCACGGGGGUGCCUGGCUACAGCGACUGGGUCCCUCCGCAGACCUUCUCCAAUCUGCUUCUGACCAACCGCUGGCAUAACGAAUAUGUCCGCUGGGACCAGGGGAAGUCCGUCUGGCUGUUCAACAUCAUAGCCGAUCCCUACGAGAGAGUGGACCUGUCUCUACGCUACCCACACAUAGUGAAGAAGAUGCUAAUGCGGCUAGCACAGUACAAUAGGACGGCCAUCCCGGUGCGCUACCCGGCUAAAGACUCCCGCUCCAAUCCUAACUUCAACGGAGGGGUGUGGGGACCCUGGUACAAAGAGGAUGAAGAUGAUAGAGAGACUAACCUCCUUACCAACAACCUGGCCAAGAAGAGACGAAAGAAGAAAGUGAAGAAGAGGAAGCUGAAGGACUGAAAGAAACGUGGAGAACUAGUCUUUUUAUUUAUUGCUGUGCCUUUUUGUUGUGAAAGACGUUUAGAUGGUCAGAUCUCAGGGAUUGACACACGAUCGCUCUUUAAAGAUUGUCCUGCUCAAUGAUUUGAAGACUUUAAUGGACUGGUGCUUUGGAUAUUACAUGAACUCAAUGGACAAAUGGACCUAUAUUUGCCUCAGAGAGUAGGCUUUAAGGAAACAACCCACUUUAAUAACUACUGUCAGACCCAGCACCUAUGACCUCAAGACUAUGAGUUAGGGCCUUUAAAUAAUGUUUAUUUUUCUAGAUUUUGAUUGCAUGCUUGAACUUCUGUGACCUUACGAUUUUUAUUAGAUUUUUGACAAAGAGAAAAUAAAUAUAUUUAGGCAAAGAGAAAAUAAAUAUAGAAUGAAUCUUUGUAGACAGCACCAUAUAUUUGGGCUAAAGAAAAAUAAAAAAGAUUAAUAGUUAUAUUAUAUUAGCUGUUGAUUGUAGCGUUGCAAGAAAAUGAAAGCAAAAUGUAGGAUUUAUAUUGGAUAGUCAACUGAGAUUUACCGUUUCAUGAGUACAGUCCGUCUGAACUUUAGGACAAUCUAUGUUCUCCCCAUUAGUUCUGUCUAGUCUGGCACCAGGUAAACCUGAAUGUAAAACAAAUUAGCUAACAAAAUAAAAUAUGUUUUUCUCAUUC